ACACAACUCAGGUGAUCUCUACCUUGUAGCCCUUCAAAGCCCCCGAAACCCUAAUUUUCGGGUCCUCUUUUUCUUAUCUCCUUCGUCCAAACCAGUCCUUUAUUUCCAUUGUUAGGGUUUUAAAAGAAAGGGUGUGAGAGCUCCAUCAAAACCACAAGGUUUUGAGCUUCAUCCCCUGUGAGUUUUAUUAGAGUUUUUGAUUCCAUAUCUAGGGUUUUGUGAGUUUUAUUAGGGUUUUAGGUGGUGUUUUGUGAGUUUUAUUAGGUUCCUGAUUCCAUAUAUAGGAUUUCUGAAGAAGGUAGUGUUUGAAUCUAGGUUUGGAAAGAUGUCCAGUGCGUUGGAUAUGUCCCUUGACGAUCUGAUCAAGAACAACAAGAAAUCAGGUGGUGGAGGAGGUGGAGGAGUUAUGAGGGGAAGAAACAGAGGUGGAACCUCUGGUCCAGUUCGAAGAAUUCAGAAUCGCACUGCAAAUAGAGCUGCUCCGUACUCUAUGGGAAAGGCAUUUCAGGCAGCACCAGAGACUACUUGGCAGCAUGAUUUGUUUGCGGACCCUGUGGGUCCAUAUGGAGUGCAGGCUGCUAGGCCUUCAGCCAUAGAGACGGGGACCAAGCUCUACAUCUCUAAUCUUGACUAUGGAGUCUCGAACGAGGACAUUAAGGAACUAUUUUCAGAGGUUGGUGAUCUGAAAAGAUAUUCCAUUCACUAUGACAGGAGUGGAAGGUCAAAGGGUACGGCUGAAGUUGUCUUUUCAAGGCGAGCAGAUGCUGUAGCAGCUGUGAAGCGAUACAACAAUGUGCAGCUUGAUGGGAAGCCAAUGAAAAUAGAAAUAGUUGGUACAAACCUUGUUACACCUGCUCCAAUACCACAAGUGGCAAAUGGAUUGCUGGCUACUCCAAAUGGAAUUCCUAGAAGCUCAAUGCCUUGUAAUUCGAGUGAUAAAUCGUGCUACACUUUCGUCUGUAUGGUGCGGUGGGUGGUGCAUCAUAUCACUUAACUAGGAUUUGGAUGGGGGAGCUCAACUUCAGUUCGAUCAGGGGUUUCAUCCUCCAUCCAGGUGGAAAGUAUCUGGUCUUGGACCUUUAUGACUUUAAGGGCUGCAAUCCAAGUGGAGUUUAUAAUCUUUAUUUGUGAUUGCCAGUUCCAUUCCCACUCUGCCUGAGUAGCGAACCACAUCCUCUUCCUUGGGUCUAGGCUAAUGGAUGAGCUGUUUUGGCUCUCAACAAUUUGAAGUGAUGAUAAGGGGGUAGAGAGACUUUGCAGAUUGGUUUGUGUUAUGUUUGUCGGAUCCCUUCCAUUGCUGGCAUCUUGAACCCUUGAACCAUUUUCUAGGGAUUGAGGUUUCCACAAAGCCUGUUGAUUUGCAGUGCCGAUUAUCUUUUCUUAGAUCCAUGUUUCUCAUCCCAUCCAUCUUUAUUCAAAUCUUGGUAGGUGGAGUUUUUCCCUCAAAUUUUCUUUCAGUGAGGGCAUUAUCCAAUGUCUGUUUCUUGAUAGGUCAUUCUUGAAGUAUGGUUAUCUCUUCUGGGGGUUGGUGAGGCAUCACCUGCUUGGGAAUCAGUGCUUGAAGUGCCAGAUGGAGUUUUUAGGUAGGAGGGCUUACAGGAAAAUUUGUUAGUCCAAAGUGUGAUUUCCUCCUUUUAUGUUAGUCACAUGAAACAUUUUUCCUAACAGCUCUAGUGGUGCUCAAGAUGCAUAUGGAGAAGGAUGAUGUCAACUUUUCUGCAAAUGAUGAUACCAGUGAUUAUGUUGGGGCUAAGAUGCUCUUAAUGUUUUCUGGGAGGUGGCAUAUCAAGGAGGAGCUUAAUGUUGCAGGUCAAUUGUGAGGUGGCCAGGUACUCUGCCCCUUGUUUUGCAGAUUGAUGGUACUCUACCCCAUGCUUUGCAGCUUGACAGAGUUGACGUGGAUGCGAUGAGGCGGUGCUUCAUACUUUUUGUUGUUUUGAUUGUCAACAAUGGCCACAUGGAGUAUACAUCUCUCUGCACCUUGUUGGACAUGUAUGCUACUGAAAGAAAAGGGAAGGCAAUGAUUUUUUGUUUGUGUGUAUGUGUUUGGGAAGGUGGGGGUCAAAAGGGAAGGCCAUCUUGGCCACUAGGAGGGGAUUAGGAAGAUGGAAAGAGCAGAUAGGGUGGGUUGAUCCCUUUGGUUCAGGAAGGGAGGGUAAAGAAUGGGACAGGACAAAAUCCUGAAGAGUUUCCCAUUAUCUGCAAUGCUAGAAGUCGCAGUCUCUGAUAGCAAGAUUUGUUUUUAAAGCAAUAAUUGAGGAACCUUGGCAUUUGAAUUCGUGCAGCGAUUCUGAAAGGGCAGAGAAUUAUAGACUGGAAAGCGAAACUCGUGGGGAAUAGUGGUGAAGAUUGUAGAUAUUUGGUUAUUAGUUGCAAGAAUCUUGUUAAUGGUCUCCCUGUGCUUUCUCAUGGAGAUGUCUCUGGGCAAUCCCUAUUUUUGAUAGUUGAUCACUAAUGCAAAAUUCUCUCUCCACUUCCUCUCACUCUUGUCGGUGUUACCUGGUCUUCCAAGCAGCCAUGCUCUGAUUGCUUUACUAGGAGAGGGCUUGUGGAGGAGCAUCUACUCAGUAUCGAGGAAGGUUCUCAAGCAGCUUAUUACUCAGAUUAGUCAUAGGGGUUAUUUUAAACCUCUCCCUGGUAGAGGACGUGCUGGAUACUGAUGGAAGUAAUGCAUCUCUUGCUUACUCCAUGGAAAAAGAGUUGAUUUUUAUCCAUAAUAAAGAAGCGUUUUAUGCCUAUUCAAUGCAUUUGGUUCAAAAUGGAGCAUGUUUUGUUUGUUCUAGUCGUCGAUUGCAUGCCUUGGUGCCCAUUACUUGAGGUAUGGCGUAAUAACUCUAGCUGCUCCAGUAAUGUGGUUUUUGAGGUAGGCCAGCUUGGUUUGUACCUUUGUUUUUGUAAUGAUUUAAUGAAGCAUGGAUUAUCACUUCAGUAUCCUCCAGAAAGUAGAGUUUGGCCGUAAACCUGAAACUCCUAAGCUUUCUAAAGAUGAGAUAUUUAGGUGAUUAUAUUGGAUUUAUUGGAUUAUAUUUAAGUAUGGGGCCUUGGGAUAGAAAAUCACCUGGGUAUACGGGGAAAGUAUUGUUUUUUGUGUUAACAUAGAGUUGUUUGUGUAUGGUAAGUUCUGAUGCCUGAAAGGGAGAUUCAGUAUCCCCUUGCUUGGUUGACACUUCGUCUUCGAUGGAAUGAUAAUACAAUAGUAUGAGUUAAGAUUAGGUGUUCAGCAACUAGGAGUAUGGAUGGAACUAAUUCAUAGUGAACUCUGACCUCUGAGCAGUUAGGUAGGCGAGGACAAGUUUGUGCAAUCUAUGAAGAGGCACCAGUUGCCUUUCUCAAAUUUGGAAUGGGGAUCUGAUCCUGCAACAUAGAUUGUGGAACAAAACUCUAAAGCACACAUCAGUAUAGGAUCAUGCCAUUGAAUAUUUGUAGUGUUCUUUUAUUUUUUGAGUUAUUUUUUUGUGAUGUUUGUGGCUUAAUCAAGCAAUGAUAUUACUGAAUAUUUUGCAAGACACUUUCAAGAUAUUGAUCUCUUGAAAUAUUCAGGAGAUUUCUCAGUUGUUUGAUUUCUAUGAAUAUGUAAAUAUUUCAGAAAUUUGGUGGGAAAGACUUUGAAUGUGCAAAUUUUUUGUAUUUAUCCCCAUAGAAAUUAUGAACAUUUUGUUAAAUAGCACUACUAUUGGUACUGCAAUAACCUGAUUUUCCAAUACAUCAUGUCUUCCACCACGGCUUUAUUGCCUACACAACUGAGCAAUUAGGAAGGUGAUUCCCAGUUGUGUUGAACCAAACCAAGCUUUCGAUAGUCUUACAAUUAAUCGAAGAUUUGAUACACAAACAUGAGACUAUUUCUUUAAUGUACUUCAAAAGGCUAUUGCGAGUGAUACAAUUCCAUUAUGGUGAAGUGUAUAGGCCUCGAACGUGUGAUACUUAUCAGCUCAUAUUCCUUUGACGAAUUUGAUGUCAGCUUUGACACAUGCUUCACUUGUUUUGCUAAUGCAUGCCUUCUUUCUUUUACGGUCCUAUUACUAAACGAAUGUGGCCGACACUCUGCGCAUUCUCAAUAAUGUUUAUUUUAU